AUGAUUGUAACUUUUUUACAUCAACUACGAUCAAUUCAUUUUUUAUCAUUGUAUUUUUUAACAACACUUUUGCUAUUCUAUUUUAUUAAAACAUCGACAGGUAUCAAUCCUUAUCAUUAUCAACAACAACAACAUAAUUCAUUGUUUGAUAAUAACAAUGAUAAUGAUGAAGUAAUGAAUCGUCAAAAUACCAAUAAUCAACAAUAUUUACAUUUACAAGAGCCAAAUUUUGUUGAUGAUGAUAAUAUUAAUGAUUUAACAGAACAACAAGAUGAUGAAGAUUAUCAUAAACGAAAUAAAUUUCCCAAUUUUCACGUUAGUCCAUUAUGGUUAUCAAGACGAACAAGGAAUCGAUUUUAUGGUAAACCAUUAUGGAUAUCACGUACAGGUUAA